AUGGCAUCACAAGCCACUCGAUAUUGCACAGAAAGCACUGUUACACCUGGAGGGAGAGUGUUGCCAUCUCUGGGAGUUAUGCCUCCCAGAAAGGAUAGUGACCAAUCUGUGGGCAAAUGUCCCAUAUACGAUGAGAGAUCUCUUAAUGAUUUUUGUUUUUAUAAGGACGCCUUUUCCUUUCCAAGGCUGAGAAUGGCCGGACGUGGUGCACAGAUCCCGGAUAUGCUGUACGCGCCAUCAACUAUCCCACAUGCUUAG